ACGUGCUAACCUAUGUGUAUCUUCACCUUACCCAUGGAAGCAAAGCCUGUAACUGGUUGAGGGCACUGUGUAGCAACAGUUGGAGUAAUUUUUAGACUUAGUACAACAGCAUGGAAACUGGACUGCUGUUCUUUUGCCAAAUUCCACAGUAACCCUUAUUGCUUUUAACAAAUACACCUUUGACCCAUUCAGUUGCACUGGCAGUAGCUAGUUUGUGCUCUAACCAUGAGUUAGUGAAUUAUAAAAACUACUUAUUUUAGGGUGUUGGUGGCUUUUCUAUUCUCAGGUACAACGAUGAAAAAACUUACCUGCAGAGAUGUAUUCCACGUGCUUAACUGAGUAACAGCAUGCACAUACACAUGGGGAACACUGCCAGCACUAACAGUGACAUGGCACUGGCUUCACGUGACUUGUCUGGGAGGGGACAGGCAGCUCCUGCUUGGAAACACCCCUGUUGCCCUGGCCUAAACCCUCAUAAAGUUUCAACAGCAGUAGUGAAAAGUGAGGAGUUGAACUCUGGGCUCUGAAUAGACACAAAGGACCUCUCCUAAGCUACCAUCAGCAGGAGUCCAUUGUCAGCUUUUCUAGGAACGGGAGUUCCCCUGAAACCGUGCAGUGCUUGGUAGGACAUCAAAUACCACGUCUGGUCCCGUGUCUGUUCACAUGGAGAGUGGCUGAUAUGCAGCUGUUCAGGUGACCAGUUUAUUCCACCUUUCUGAAACGCUGCAAGAAGAGUACUCCCAAGAGGCUUCCCUCUGUCAUCAAGAUGGAAACAGAUUCUGGAUAUUCCUCCACUGCUGAGCUGCAGAAGCAGGGAAAGAAGCUCUCAGAUGCCUUGAGGAUCAGUGCCUACGUCUUCAGUACAGGCCUACUCAUGUUCACUGCCUUAGUGAACUCUUGCUCUUGGUUUAUGCAGAAUAUAAAUUUAGGCAAUUUCUGGCAAACAGUAUGGUUGGAGUUCUACGACUAUAUGGAGGGAGAUGAGUGGACAAUCUUCCUCAUUGGGGCUGCAUUGGUGCCUGCAUUUGCUUUCUGGGGCUUCAAUGGAAUCCUUCUGGUGGCUGAUAUAACAGGAAAGCCAACUUUUAUUACUCGCUAUCGCAUUCAGCUGGGCAAGAAUGAUCCUGUGGACACAAAGAAACUGUGCAAAGCCAUCUACACAGUGCUGGGUAAUCAGUUCUUUAUCUCCUUUCCCAUGCUUGUGCCCAUGUUCUACAUCAUGAAAUGGUGGGACAACACCUUCAGCAAGGAGUUACCAACCUUCCAGUGGUUUCUUGUGGAGCUAAGCAUUUUUACUGUAGUAGAGGAAAUUCUCUUCUAUUAUACACACAGGCUUGGUCACCACCCAGUGCUGUAUAAGCACAUUCACAAGAAGCACCAUGAGUGGACGGCCCCCAUCGGUUUGGUCUCCAUUUAUGCUCACCCAAUAGAACACAUAGUCUCCAACACUCUGCCUGUCAUGACUGGCCCAGUGAUCAUGGGAUCUCAUAUUGUUUCAGUUGCAGCAUGGUUCUCCAUUGCUCUUGUAACAACAAGCAUUUCUCACUGUGGCUACCACCUGCCCCUCCUGCCAUCUCCAGAGUUCCACGACUUCCACCACCUCAAGUUCAACCAGUGCUACGGAGUACUGGGAGUGCUGGAUUUUCUGCAUGGCACAGACAAAAUAUUCAGACAAACCAAAGCCUUUGAGAGACACAAGAUCCUACUCGGCCUCACGCCGCUCUCUGAAAGCAUCCCUGAGCCACCCAAGAAAGCUGAGUGAACCAGCCCAGCACCUCUUGCCUAGCCUGGUGAUGAGCAGACAGAGACAAUGAUUUAUGCCAAAUAGUAUUUUAAUCAGGAAACAAGUUCUUGUGCACACAUAAAACAUAAAACUGAAGUUAAAUAUGCUGCUUGAAAUGACUGCACUUUUGCUGCCACUGUUUUCUGUCUAAGACACUCACAAAAAAGCUGCUCUAGAAGUCUAUUUUUAAGAUUUAAUGGUUUAUUUCUCUGUUACUUGCACUGUCCCUUGGUUCCAAUUGCCUGUGUAUGAGCCAGGUGUAUUCUGGUGUAUGACUCAGGGUUCUCACUAUUAAGGUUUUAGCACCAGACUCUGCAGGUGAGGAUUUGGCCUCUCUUGUCAGCACUCACUUUAAAGAAACAUCAUUCACUCCAUCUAUGUGUGCAGA